UCCUAUCUAAGAUUUUUUUCUAAGUUAGUAUUUAAGUAUAAAUGCUACUCAACAUUUUUUCUCUCUCUAGCUCUCACACACUCACUCACACACGCACAAGAAUGCCACUCAAAAGUGUUGCCACCCCUUUGUACACACACACACAUACACACAGAGAGAGAGACUAAAAAAACAGAGAGAGAGUAGAGAGAGAGACAGCGAGAUGUCAUGUGCAGUCGUGUCCCAACUGUAAAGCCGGAGGUAUCUGAGUUCUCUCACGCUCUCCCUCAUAAUUUUAGCUUUCUUCCCUGGGACGGGACGCGUGCAACUCUAAUUAAUGUCAGUAUUCUCUGAUCGAGCGAAGAUGGUGUCUUCGCUCCAGAUUAUGUGGAUGUUCAAGGAUGGGGUGAUUCUGUUCUGUACACCGUUCCUGCUCCUCCCGCUGCCUCUACUGAUCGGAACCACGGAGGCAAGAUGUGCCUAUGUGAUUGCUCUGAUGGCAGUGUACUGGUGUACUGAGGUAUUGCCACUAGCGGUGACUGCUCUCCUGCCCACUGUCCUUUUCCCUCUGUUUGGCAUCAUGGAGUCCAAGCAGGUGUGUAUGCAGUACCUGAAGGACACCAACAUGCUGUUUGUAGGCGGUCUGAUGAUGGCUGUUGCCGUGGAGACAUGGAACCUUCACAAGCGCAUCGCCCUCAGGGUUCUACUUGUUGUGGGGGUGCGUCCUGCCCUUCUGAUGCUAGGGUUCAUGGGUGUGACAGCGUUCCUGUCCAUGUGGAUCAGUAACACAGCCACCACAGCUAUGAUGGUCCCCAUUGUCCAGGCUGUCCUGGAGCAGCUCAACAGCCCACAGAAUGGGAAGAACCCCUUGCCCAUCCCCCAGAGCCAGGAGAAUGGUAUGACUCCUGAGGAAAAACUGGAGAACAGUUCAAACCCACAAGACAAACUUAUCAUCCAGGACAAUCACAUUCCACUGGAGAAACCAGCCACAGAGGAUAAACUGGACUCCCCAGACAAACCAGUUAACCAGGACAACUCUCUGACUGAUGGGAAGCCAGCAGAGGGGCAGGUUGGGGAGGAAAAGGAGGAGAAGGAGAGGAUGAAAAUGUGUAAAGGCUUGACAUUGUGUGUGUGUUACGCUGCCAGCAUCGGAGGCACUGCCACUCUCACUGGUACCGGACCCAACCUCGUCCUCACUGGGCAGAUGAGCCAACUCUUCCCUCAGAACGGUGACGUGGUUAACUUUGCCUCGUGGUUCGCCUUUGCCUUCCCCACAAUGCUGCUAAUGCUGACGCUGGCCUGGCUUUGGCUCCAGCUCGUCUUCAUCGGCUUCGAUCUGAAGCGUACGUGGGGCUGUGGUGCUGUGCAGUCAGAGAAAGAACAUGCAGCGUAUGAUUUGAUCCGUGAGGAGAAUCGUCUUCUGGGGCCAGUGUCCUAUGGAGAGUGGAGUGUCCUGGGGCUCUUCAUUCUGCUGGUGGUGCUGUGGUUCACACGAAGCCCAGGCUUCAUCAAAGGAUGGGCAACCCACAUCUUCAACACAAAGGCAGAGUUUGUGACUGAUGCAACAGUGGCAGUGUUUGUUGCCGUGCUGUUGUUCGUCUUGCCCUCUGAGCCCCCCCGCUACCUCUGCUUCUGGAGAACACAGAGCUUUGACACAGAGCCCCCCCGCGGCCCCACCCCUGCCCUGCUGACCUGGCAGGUGACCCAGAGGAAGAUGCCCUGGAGCAUUGUACUGCUGCUAGGAGGAGGCUUUGCUCUGGCUAAGGGCAGCGAGGUGUCUGGUCUGUCGCGGUGGCUGGGUGAUCAGAUGAUACCGCUCUGCUCCAUCCCUCCCUGGGCCAUUGCAGUCAUCCUCUGUCUCCUCACCGCCAUCUUCACUGAGUGUGCCAGCAACGUGGCUACCGCUACACUCUUCCUGCCCAUCCUAGCCUCCAUGUCCCAGUCCAUAGGAGUGAACCCACUGUAUGUGAUGGUACCCUGUACCCUCAGUGCCUCCUUUGCCUUCAUGCUGCCUGUCGCCACGCCUCCUAACGCCAUCGUGUUCUCUUAUGGAUACCUGAAGGUGUCGGAUAUGGCUAAGACAGGUAUAGUGAUGAACAUCCUUGGGAUCCUGUGUAUCACUCUGGCCAUUAACAGCUGGGGUAGAGCCAUUUUCAACCUGGACACCUUCCCCUCCUGGGCCAACACCACCGCUAACAUCACUACAGGAGGAUGAGGUGGGGGACAUGACCCCCAAAAACAGCAUCAUAUGCCCCUGUACUGCAUUACCACUGCUACCGAUGCCAAAAAGGGGAUGAGGGAGGAGGAGGAACGGGGAGUAUUAUCAAGAGACCACUGACAACCCUCACUGGGGCAACAUGGGAACACUGGUUUACUGGUUUAUUAUCAGUGUACCAUAUACUUAUUUUGUACAGAUAAUAUUAUUAUACUAUAUAGUAAUGAGGGAGCCUUAGAGAACUCGGAUGAUAAAUAACUUGUAAAAGCCAAGACACGCUGUAAUACUGUAACUUAUAUUUGUAUUAAUGGCAAUAUUGUGAUAUCAAUUGAUAUUAAAUAAAUAUAUUAUAUUACAUAAAAUUACAGUGCCUUUGGAAAGUAUUCAGAACCCUUGACCUUUCCCACAUUUUGUUAUUACAGCCUUAUUCCUCAUCAAUCUACCCACAAUAACCCAUAAUGACAAAGCAAAAACAGGCUCAGAAAAUGUUGCUAAUAUAUUAAAAUAAAAAACGGAAAUAUCACAUUUACAUAAGUAUUCAGACCCUUUACUCAGUACUUUGUUGAAGCACAUUUGGCAGCGAUUACAGCCUCGAGUCUUCUUGGGUAUGAUGCUAAAAGCUUGGCACAUCUGUAUUUGGGGAGUUUCUCCCAUUCUUCUCUGCAGAUCCUCUCAAGCUCUGUCAGGUUGGAUGGGGAGCGUCGCUGCACAGCUAUUUUCAGGUCUCUCCAGAGAUGUUCGAUCGGGUUUAAGGUCGAUCUCUGGCUGGGCCACUCAAGGACAUUCAGAGACUUGUCCCGAAGGAUCUCAUCAAGGAUCUCUCUGUACUUUGCUCCAUUCAUAUUUGCCUCGAUCCUGACUAGUCUCCCAGUCCCUACCGCUGAAAAACAUCCCCACAGUAUGAUGCUGCCGCCACAAUGUUUCACCGUAGGGAUGGUGCCAGGUCUCCUCCAGAUGUGGAGCUUGGCAUUCAGGCAAAAGAGUUCCAUCUUGGUUUCAUCAGACCAGAGAUUCUUAUUUCUCAUGGUCUGAGAGUCUUUAGGUGCCUUUUGGCAAACUCAAUGUGGGCUGUCAUGUGCCAUUUACUGAUUAGUGGCUUCCGUCUGGCCAUAAAGGCCUGAUUGGUGGAGUGUUCAGAGAUUGUUGUCCUGGAAGGUUCUCCCAUCUCCAUAGGGGAACUCUAAAGCUCUGUCAAAGUGACCAUCAGGUUCUUGGUUAUCUCCCUGACCAAGGCCCUUCUCCCCCGAUUGCCCAGUUUGGCCUGGCGGCCAGCUCUAGGAAGAGUCUUGGUGGUUCCAAACUUCUUCCAUUUAAGAAUGAUGGAGGCCACUGUGUUCUUGAGGACCUUCAAUGCUGCAGACAUUUAUUUGGUACCCUUCCCCAGAUCUGUGCCUCGACACAAACCUGUCUCGGAGCUCUACGGACAAUUCCUUCGACCUUAUGUCUUGGUUUUUGCUCUGACAUGCGCUGUCAACUGUGGGAAUUUAUAUAGUCAGGUGUGUGCCUUUCCAAAUCAUGUCCAAUCAAUUGAAUUUACCAAAGAUGGACUCCAGUCAUGUUGUAGAAACAUCUCAAGGAUGAUCAAUGGAAACAGGAUGCACCUGAGCUCAAUAUCGAGUCUCAAAGCAAAGGGUCUGAAUACUUAUGUUAAUAAGGUUUUUCUGUUUUUGUAAAUUUAUUACAUUUGCAAACAUUACUUAAAACCUGUUUUUGCUUUGUCAUUAUGGGGUUUUGUGUGUGGAUUGCUGAGGAUUACAUUUGUUUUAUCCAUUUUGGAAUAAGGCUGUAACUUAACAAAAUGUGGAAGAAGUCAAGGGGUCUGAGUACUUUCCUUAGGCACUAUGAUAAAUGCUUUUCAGUAAGUGUAAUAACCAAUUUAGCUAAAAACCUGGUUGUCUCUGCCAGGAAGCUGACAAUCUUCCAGCAAGACAAUAACCCCAAGCACACAUCAAAAUCAACAAGGAAAUUGUUAAUUGACAACAAAAUCUACAAUUUGCAAUGGCCAUUUCAGUCUCCAGACUUUGAAGAGGGCAGUCCAUAAGCGCAGACGGAGGACAUCAAGGAUCUGAAAAGAUUCUGUAUGGAGUAAUGGUCUAAGAUCCCUCCCAAUGUGUUCUCUAAUCUCAUAAAACAUUUUAGAAAAAGGUUGUGUCAUUAUCCUUGCAAGGGUAGGGUGCUGCAGUACUGAAAACAGAGCCAAUAAUAUAUUUAUUACUUGUUAAAAUAAAUCUGAGCAAUUGUAUUAGUAUAAAAUAAGUCAAAAUGUGAGCAUACAAUAUAGCUCAGUAUUUGUAUAAUAUAUUGUAUAGUCUAUUUUGCUAAUCUUUAUCAAGGUAGAAAAUAAUUGUGGACCCCGCUGUACAGUAUAUGCCAUGCAUUACAGCAGGUCUUCAAACACACAUAUGGUGGGUAGUGACAGGGAGCGUAUUCCUCCACACGCAAAAUCCUGCUGGACAGGAUGAAGUCCACCAACACCAAAAGAUAACAGUUCUGAGAACAUGACUGACUACACAAAAAAAACUGUAUCAAUCUCAUACUGACAGUCUUCAUUCAACGAAUAUCAAGUGUAUUUCAUCUUUCCCCUCCCAGUUAAGUUAUUGGAUGCUUUGGUUGAAUGAUUUAAAAUAUGUUUUGUAAUUCAGAGGAUUGUGAGAACAGGAGGGUGCAUUGAACUAUGGCCCUCUGUUUGGGGCAGGUUGAGUUGUGGGAAAACAGUGACAUUUCUGCUCAGCAGGGGGCCAGAGGCAUGAGCAUUAUGGCCCUUAUAGUAUCAAUCAAGCUAAAUCAACAUAUAACCUGGACCCCAGGAUGAUAAAUGCUGCCUUAUUUCCAUGAUACCCAUGUCUACACGCGGAGGCAUCAUGCCCAUAGUGCCCACCAUGCCCCCUCAGAUUUCAUCUGUUCAAAAAACACAUGCAAAAGAUUUGUUUCUCUAUAAUACUACUAGCCACCUAGCAAUUUUAUGAAGUUGGCUUUCGUUAGCCCAGAUAGGUUUGCAAUCUCCCAACUAGCUACCAAUUAAACAUUUUACGCUAUUAAUCAAGAGAGUAGCUAGCUAGUCUAACUGACUUAGCUAGCAUGCCUGCUGGCAAGGUUGGUAGACAUUAGAAAAUUAAGCAAUAACUAAAUAAAAGACUCCUUUCAAAGUGUGUUUUUAAAGAAAGGACUGUCCAGCCAGUGAUCCCAGUUGAUUGGUGUUUGACAAUAAGACAGGGAAUCACAUUAGAUGUGCAGGACAACAGUAUGUUGAUGGCUGUAGAUUCUCGAUUUGUCAUUUGCAUGUCAAUAUCAGACUGGGUAUUUUGUAAACAUAACCAUGACCAAAAUACAACACAUGUAAGUACCUGACGAUAAGACACAAGGAAGCACAUUAGAUGUGCAGUAUAAACAGUGUGUUGAUGUUUGUAGAUUUGCAUUUCAUCUGUUAGCAUGGAAAUAACUGAAUUAGCAGGUAGCUAAUGUGGCCAUUAAAAUUAUAACAUUCUA